AUGGCUCUCAAGCGCAAGCGCUCCGCCUCUGAAGUCGUCGCCCUCUUCCCCUCGCCUGCUCGCUCCGAAUCCAGCAUCGAGUCCUUCGAGUCACCAAUCUCUCCAAGUUUCAUCUAUCCUCGCGCACAUGCGACGCCCUCGCACCUCUCGAGUCGCACAAUGAAGCGUUUCCGCGACAACAGGCCAUCAGAGGACCAGAUCCAUCAACGUACCCUGAACAUGCUUUACUCUGCGCAGCAACACAAGCAGCAUCCGGCCGACACAGACCACGAGACAAAUCAGUCCGAACCCUCACCCGCCCCUGCCGCUCGCAACACCCAAAAAUCCCUUCACAGCUUCUGGAAUAUCAAGUCAGCUGAGCCCAGUUCUUCGGCCUCGGUGCCGUCUGUAGACCAGGCCGUGCUGUAUUCAACCAGCUGCGACGACUGUGGCGCUGGUCUCGGCGCCUCGCAUGGCGCUGCGGAUGAGAUGGACAUCGACGACGGCUACAACUACAGCUAUGCGGUCUGUCACUCUUGUGGCGCGUGCGGCAGGCACAUUUGCUCACAUUGCUCUGUUACAAACCUUGGCGAGCAGCGGCGGUGCUUGCGGUGUGUUGGGAGCACAGCUGGGGCAGCGCGAAACGGCUCUGGAUGGCCGUCGUCGUCUGUGUCUAUCUUCUAG